AUGACAACUGGGCUGGAGAAACUGGUACUGAGCUUCGGUAGAAGACGAUAUAAACACUGGGAGGCUGAAAAAGAUUUGAAGGAGAUAAAUGGGCCCUUCUUUGGAGUUGCAGAGCUAGUGGCAAACUUCUCCUUGGGAGACAAACUUACUUCCAGGACUGGCUAUGAAUCUGCAUGUGAGGAUUUUGUCCCUGAUGACUUGGAGGUUCAAGUUGCUGGAAGAGCCUUCUUGGUCACAGGAGGAAAGAGCGGCAUUGGAAAAGCAACUGCCAUUGAGAUAGCCAAGCGAGGUGGCACAGUUCACCUGGUUUGUCGAGAUAAAGACGGAGUCCAAGGUGCCAAAGGUGAGAUCAUCAGGGAGAGUGGUAAUCAGAACAUCUUUUUGCUCAUUGUGGACUUGUCUGAUCCCAAGAAAAUCUGGAAAUUUGUUGAAAAUUUCAAGCGGAAACAUAAACUCAAUGUUCUGAUCAAUAAUGCAGGUUGUAUGGUCAAUAAAAGCAAGCUCACAGAAGAUGGACUUGAAAAAAACUUUGCUACCAAUACUCUGGAUAUGUAUAUUCUCAUGACUGCCCUCAUCCCUGUGUUGGAGAAAGAACAUGAUCCCAGAGUGGCGAGUGUGAGGCUGUCCAUGCCGAGGUUCCAUGCCAGGUUCAGGGACGGGCUGUGCUCUGUGGCCCAGGGGGCGGACACUGUGCUUUGGCUGGCCCUCGCCCCUGCUGCCUCCAUGAAGCCCAGUGGCCGGUUCUUUCUAGAUUGGAAAUCGGCUGCCACACCCUUGUCUCUUGCUAGAACGCCCUCCUCACCAGCUGAAGAGGAGAAACUAAGUGAAAUCCUGGAAGAGCUGGCUCAGAGAUUUAAAUAG